AUGACUCGAGAAAAAACUCAGCUGAAGGAGUUUUUAGAGUCAAUAAGUGUUCUGCAGUGGGUGCUAAGCUUUCUCCUCUUGGGAGUGGCUUGUAUCAUACUGAUGGUGUAUCUUAUGUUUACCUCUCUGUGGCCGCUGUCUGCUCUCUACUUUGUAUGGUUGGUGAUGGACUGGCAUAAACCCGAAAGAGGGGGCAGAAGAACGAUGUCUGUGAGAAAGUGGAAGGUAUGGGAGCACAUGAGAGACUACUUUCCCGUUAAACUGGUCAAGACAGCAGAGCUGAAUCCAAACAAAAACUACAUCCUGGGUUCUCACCCACAUGGCAUCAUGUGUACUGGAGCCUUUACCUGCUUCAGCACGGAGAGCUGUGGCUUUGCUGAGGCAUUUCCCGGCGUGCGAGCCAGCCUGGCGAUGCUGGCGGGCCUGUUCAGGAUACCAUUCUUUAGGGAGUACAUCAUGAGUGCAGGACUUUACCCAGUCAGCAAACCAAGCCUGGUCCACCUCCUUUCAAAAAGCGGCAAAGGGAAUGCAGUGGUAAUUGUGAUAGGAGGCGCUGCCGAGUCUCUGGCAUCCUCUCCCGGACUCAACACAGUGGUCAUGAAGGAAAGAAAGGGAUUUGUCAGACUGGCCCUUGAGUUGGGUGUUGAUCUGGUGCCUGUUUAUUCAUUCGGGGAGAAUGAGCUCUACCAGCAGGUGAUUUUCGCAGAGGGCAGUCUGUGUCGCAGGUUACAGGACUUGUUUAAAAAAAUCAUGGGCUUUGCACCGUGUCUCUUUGUCGGUGAGCGCUUUGUUCUCAUGCCCUACAGGACUCCAAUCACGACUGUUGUGGGAAGUCCAAUCUCAGUGCCGAAACGUGUCACGCCCACAGACGAGGAAGUCGACCAUUAUCACAGACUUUACAUGGAGGCCCUUUCCAAAUUAUUCCACGAACACAAGGUCAGCUGCGGACUUUCAGAAAAUCACGAGCUUCGGAUAAUUUAG